AUGCUUCUUGAUACAGACAAGGUAGAUUUCGAUGCCAAAGACACAAAAUAUGGCCGGACACCGUUAUCAUGGGCUGCUGAAGGUGGUCAUGAUGCUGUUGUCCAGAUGCUUCUCGACACAAAUAAGGUGGAUGUCGAUGCCAAAGACACAGAAUUUGGCCAGACACCAUUAUCAUGGGCUGCCGGGGGUGGUCACGAUGCUGUUGUCAAGAUGCUUCUCGACACAAACAAGGUGGAUGUCGAUGCCAAAGACACAAGAUAUGGCCAGACACCAUUAUCAUGGGCUGCUAAGGGUGGUCACGAUGCUGUUGUCAAGAUGCUUCUCGACACAAGCAAGGUGGAUGUCAAUACUAAAAGUGUAGACAACUAUACACCACUACUCUUGGCUGCUAAGUGUGGUCACGAUGCUGUUGUCAAGAUGCUUCUCGACACAAACAAGGUGGAUGUCGAUGCUAAAAGUACAGAUAACUCUACACCACUACUCUUAGCUGCUAAGGGUGGUCACGAUGCUGUUGUCAAGAUGCUUCUCGACACAAACAAGGUGGAUGUCGAUGCCAAAGACACAAGAUAUGGCCAGACACCAUUAUCAUGGGCUGCUGAGGGUGGUCACGAUGCUGUUGUCAAGAUGCUUCUCGACACAAACAAGGUGGAUGUCGAUGCUAAAAGUAUAGGUAACUCUACACCACUACUCUUUGCUGCUAAGUGUGGUCACGAUGCUGUUGUCAAGAUGCUUCUUGAUACAGAUAAGGUGGAUGUCGAUGCCAAAGACACAAGAUAUGGCCAGACACCAUUAUCAUGGGCUGCUGAGGGUGGUCACGAUUCUGUUGUCAAGAUGCUUCUCGACACAAACAAGGUGGAUGUCGAUGCUAAAAGUAUAGGUAACUCUACACCACUACUCUUUGCUGCUAAGUGUGGUCACGAUGCUGUUGUCAAGAUGCUUCUUGAUACAGACAAGGUAGAUUUCGAUGCCAAAGACACAAAAUAUGGCCGGACACCAUUAUCAUGGGCUGCUGAGGGUGGUCACGAUUCUGUUGUCAAGAUGCUUCUCGACACAAACAAGGUGGAUGUCGAUGCUAAAAGUAUAGGUAACUCUACACCACUACUCUUUGCUGCUAAGUGUGGUCACGAUGCUGUUGUCAAGAUGCUUCUUGAUACAGACAAGGUAGAUUUCGAUGCCAAAGACACAAAAUAUGGCCGGACACCAUUAUCAUGGGCUGCUGAAGGUGGUCAUGAUGCUGUUGUCCAGAUGCUUCUCGACACAAACAAGGUGGAUGUCGAUGCCAAAGACACAGAAUUUGGCCAGACACCAUUAUCAUGGGCUGCCGAGGGUGGUCACAAUGUUGUUGUCCAGAUGCUUCUCGAUACAAACAAGGUGGAUGUCGAUACUAAAAGUGUAGACGACUCUACACCACUACUUUUGGCUGCCAAGGGUGGUCACGGUGCUGUUGUCCAGAUAUAUCUUGACAUAAACAAGGUGGAUGCCAAUACUAAAAGUAUAGACAACUCUACACCACUACUCUUGGCUGCUAAGGGUGGUCACUAUGCUGUUGUCAAGAUGCUUCUUGAUACAGACAAGGUAGAUUUCGAUGCCAAAGACACAAAAUAUGGCCGAACACCAUUAUCAUGGGCUGCCGGGGGUGGUCACGAUGCUGUUGUCAAGAUGCUUCUCGACACAAAUAAGGUGGAUGUCGAUGCCAAAGACACAGAAUAUGGCCAAACACCAUUAUCAUGGGCUGCCGAGGGUGGUCACGAUGCUGUUGUCCAGAUGUUUCUCGACACAAACAAGGUGGUUGUCGAUACUAAAAGUGCAGACGACUCUACACCACUACUUUUGGCUGCUAAGGGUGGUCACCAUGCUGUUGUCCAGAUACUUCUCGAUACAGACGAGGUGGAUGUCAAUACUAAAAGUUCAGACGACUCUACACCACUACUUUUGGCUGCCAAGGGUGGUUACAAUGCUGUUGUCAAGAUGCUUCUCGACACAAACAAGAUGGAUGUCAAUACUAAAAAUUCAAACGACUCUACACCACUACUUUUGGCUGCUAAGGGUGGUCACGAUGCUGUUUUCCAGAUGCUUCUUGAUACAGACAAGGUAUAUUUCGAUGCCAAAGACACAGAAUAUGGCCGGACACCAUUAUCAUGGGCUGCCGGGGGUGGUCACGAUGCUGUUGUCAAGAUGCUUCUCGACACAAACAAGGUAGAUGUCGAUGCUAAAGACACAAAAUAUGGCCAGACACCAUUAUCAUGGGCUGCUGAAGGAGUAUACAGGCGGCGGGGUGGCAGGGUCGACCCCGCCACCCUACCACCCGACGAACUUUUCGUCUUAUCGGCCAAUAAAAACUCUGUAUUUCAUUUUUUGUGGGUAAUAUGA